GGGACGGAUCCCAGGGUGCUUGCAAACACGGAAUGUGAGGCCUCGGCCCGGUUGCUCCCGGAUCCCCGGCCCGCUCUCUACACGGGCCUGCGCCCGCUGCCGCCGCCCCCAGCUCGCCUGGAGGAGCCAGGGCAGCCGCGCCCUUCUGCUGUGUGCCCGCGUGGCCGCCGCCGCCCCUCGGAAUCCUCCGGGGCCGCCGAGGAGUUCGCUACGGAGGGAGGCGGGGGCCUUCGGGAGGAGGAGGCGGAGGAGGCGGAGGAGGAGGGAAGGAAGAUGGCGGCCGUGGAACUAGAGUGGAUCCCAGAGACCCUCUAUAACACCGCCAUCUCCGCUGUCGUGGACAACUACAUCCGCUCACGCCGAGAUAUCCGCUCCUUACCCGAGAACAUUCAGUUCGAUGUUUACUAUAAGCUGUACCAACAGGGACGCUUAUGUCAACUGGGCAGUGAAUUUUGUGAAUUGGAAGUUUUUGCUAAAGUAUUGAGAGCUUUGGAUAAAAGACAUUUGCUUCAUCAUUGUUUCCAGGCUUUGAUGGAUCAUGGUGUGAAAGUUGCUUCAGUCUUAGCCUACUCAUUCAGUAGACGGUGCUCUUACAUAGCGGAAUCAGAUGCUGCAGUAAAGGAAAAAGCCAUUCAGGUUGGCUUUGUUUUAGGUGGCUUUCUUUCAGAUGCAGGCUGGUACAGUGAUGCUGAGAAAGUUUUCCUGUCUUGCCUUCAGUUGUGUACUCUACAUGAUGAGAUGCUUCAUUGGUUUCGUGCAGUAGAAUGUUGUGUGAGAUUGCUUCAUGUGCGAAAUGGAAACUGCAAAUAUCAUUUGGGUGAAGAAACAUUUAAGUUAGCUCAGACAUACAUGGAUAAACUCUCAAAACAUGGCCAGCAAGCAAACAGAGCUGCACUCUAUGGAGAACUGUGUGCACUCCUAUUUGCAAAAAGUCACUAUGAUGAGGCAUACAAAUGGUGCAUUGAGGCAAUGAAAGAAAUCACAACAGGCUUACCAGUCAAAGUCGUGGUGGAUGUUUUAAGACAAGCUUCUAAGGCUUGUGUUGUAAAACGUGAAUUUAAGAAGGCAGAACAGUUAAUUAAGCAUGCAGUGUAUUUGGCACGGGAUCAUUUUGGAUCCAAACACCCAAAAUAUUCUGAUACACUGCUAGAUUAUGGGUUCUACUUACUCAAUGUAGAUAAUAUCUGUCAGUCUGUUGCAAUUUAUCAGGCAGCCCUUGACAUUCGGCAGUCAGUGUUUGGUGGCAAAAAUAUCCAUGUAGCAACAGCUCAUGAAGACUUGGCUUAUUCUUCUUAUGUUCACCAGUAUAGCUCUGGGAAAUUUGACAAUGCACUAUUUCAUGCAGAAAGAGCUAUUGGUAUCAUUACCCACAUCCUACCUGAAGAUCAUCUUCUUUUGGCUUCUUCAAAGAGGGUGAAAGCACUUAUUUUAGAGGAGAUUGCAAUUGACUGUCAUAAUAAAGAAACUGAACAGAGGUUGCUUCAAGAAGCUCAUGAUUUGCACCUGUCUUCACUCCAGCUAGCUAAAAAAGCUUUUGGGGAAUUUAAUGUACAGACUGCAAAACACUAUGGAAACCUUGGAAGACUUUAUCAGUCAAUGAGAAAAUUUAAGGAAGCAGAAGAAAUGCACAUCAAAGCAAUUCAGAUUAAAGAGCAACUUCUUGGUCAAGAAGAUUAUGAAGUAGCCCUUUCAGUGGGACAUCUGGCUUCUUUAUAUAAUUAUGACAUGAAUCAGUAUGAAAAUGCUGAGAAACUUUAUCUGCGAUCUAUAGCAAUUGGGAAGAAACUUUUUGGUGAAGGCUACAGUGGACUAGAAUAUGAUUACCGAGGUCUCAUUAAACUUUACAACUCCGUUGGAAAUUACGAGAAAGUGUUUGAAUAUCACAAUGUUCUGUCUAACUGGAACCGGCUGCGAGAUCGGCAGUAUUCAGUGACCGAUGCUCUUGAAGAUGUCAACACCAGCCCCCAGUCCACUGAAGAAGUGGUGCAGUCCUUCCUGAUUUCUCAGAAUGUUGAGGGACCGAGCUGCUGAGGGAGGACCUCAGUUAACUAAUUUACCUUUUCCCAGAUUCCAGGGAAUUCAUACUGUGAAAUCAAAAUCAUGUUGUUUUUUCGGGGCUGGAAUUUGCAUUGAAACACUGGUCCAGUCCAUUGACCCUAUUUGGGUGAUCCCUAUCUUGCAGAGUGUCCAUAGGAAUAAGCAUAUAUUCAGUUAUAUUCAGCAUGUACCGCAUGUGUAAGUAAUCUGGCCCAUAUUUUCAACCUAGUAGAACAAACAACAGGAAUUUUUUUUUUCUUUUUAAAAAAUAAUUCAUUUUGCAGAAAGCCUGAAAGAAAAGUAGAACCCCUAAAUAAAACUAUUUAAGAGUUUAAAAGAGUUGCAUUCUUAUUAUGUAAGGAUGAUUUUAACAACUUUUUAACAUAUAAUUCUUCCUUGAGGAGGUAUUCAAUACUGUAUUGUAAAGAAAUUUUAUGGGGAAAAUCUUUAUAUGCAGUAUAGAAAAGUUAACACAAGUACUAAUAGAAGAGGGACAUCCAGACUUAGGUUUGGCUACCUUACCCAGAGACGUGGAUACAACCACUCCAGAGCUCUGUUACAAGGGAAGGACUGUCAGAUUCAUCUGAACUGGACCAGUGUUGAUCUGUAAGUAACAGGAAAGCUGAUAAACCAGCAGUUCUAACUCUUUGGUUGUUUUGGUUUUGUUGUGUUUUUUGGGGGUACAAAAAUGCAAGAUGCUCUGAUAGCAUUUGCUAACAGGACCAGGAGGAUCUGAAAAGGACCAGCCUAAUGUAGAAAGGGGUUAUUUGGACCAGAAGCUUUAGAUUAUAUUUUAGCCCCUGCCUAUACUUUUAUCAGUAGAAUGAUUUCAUUUAGAUGUAUAAUGAAAAGUGAUCAUGCAAAAGUUAUAUUCAUGUAAUAGACACCAAACUAGGGGAAUUUGGCAAUUUCAGUGGCAUAUUUUAGUCAAGGUACACAGAUGGCAGUGCCAUAAGCAAGUCUAUAAAUAUCUGCUGCAGCCAUCUCCCUCAUUUUAAAUGUUACCCUAAUAAGCAACACAGUUAGCAAGUAUAUUGGCUAAGAGUCAUGAAAUAGCUCAUGUCCAGAUGGGAAUUAUAGGUUACUGUGUGGUUUAUGGGGAUUAAUGGAAAAAUGAAUUCCGAAAAACAGCAAGUCUUCUUAGAAAUCCUUCAUGUUUAUGGUAAAUAAUAGUGCAACUAGGUCAUUUUAUUUGAAAUUCAAGAGUCAAGUGGAAAGAUUCCCCUAAUGAUUUAUCUAUUUCACUAACUUGUCUUUCUGUUUAUUGGGUUUUGAUUUUUUUUAAGCCAGUCAGGUUAUUUGAUGUUGAGGUAAUGUUCAAAUUUGAGAAGUUGUGACAUGUAGCAAUCCAAGAAACAAAAAGGUCUUUUGCUGUUACCUCAGUUCUUAUUAUAGUGGCCUAUUUGGUGCCUCUAUAGUUAAGAAUCAGGGUUUUUCCCCCCUAUUUUCAGGGGUUCAUGACUUGGCUGUUAGAGAUGUUGCUCCUGGCUAAUGCUGGGAGUGGUCUGUGGGUGAGUGGAUGUGUGCUGAAUUUUGGUUUUCUUUUAACAGGCAUGUUGGGGUGGGAGGGGGAAAAAAUCUAAACUGUCCACCACAUUGACUACAGAAAAAGUAAUUGGAGAUUCCAGAUAAAUUUGAUUUUAAACACUUUUUUGGACUUCCUAAAUACAACCUUGUUUAAAACUGUUAUUUGCCGUCUUGUUAGUUAUGAGCCGGUGUUUUUAAGUCCCCAAGUGGGCAUUGACUAGGGGAGGUACCUAAAGAGAUGAAGCAAGCCCAGACCCUAAGAUUAUAGCUAUGUGAUUUUGAAACCUGGGUUUAAUCCUCAAAUUGAAUUAUUUUUAAUUUUGAAAAGAGUACAUUGGCACACCUGCACCUCCCCCUUCCAGUUUAUUACAAUCUAAUGCCAAGAGGCACCUCUUUAUUAAUUACCAAAUAGUCUGUGUGACCAAGGACUAACAUUUUUAAGUUACUCAGCUCUAUCCUCAUGGGCCUAUAUAUUUAAUACCUCCAAAGAUACUUUAAGGAUAGGCUUUGUACACUUUUGUUGGUUAUUUAGAGUCCUGUGGUAUGUUUGUGGUAUAGGAAUGUCAUGGUAAAUUGUUUUUCAAUAAAUAUUUUGAAACUUAUGUUUUCAUAUGAAGUUUUUUUUUUAAUCUAUAUUUUUGGUUUUGUGCACAUGUAGCAUUUCCUAGGAUAAAAUCAAGCAAAUGACUUAAGGCCUCAUCUUCUCUAAUUCAGUCUGAACUCAGCUUAGCUCACUCAGUGAUAAAGCAACAUGAUAUUUAGAAGCCUAGGAUCACAGGGUGAUAAUAUUAAAUGGCUGCCAGUUUUUCUUAAAAAAAAAAAAAGUCAUUAUUGGUAGUUCCCCCUUAUUGCCACUGCUUUAAUGUAGUUUUCUGUAAAUCCAUAUACUUUGACUUAAUGCGGACACUCUAGGUUGAAAAGAGAGAUUGCCAGUUUCUGUUAGUGAUAUAACUUAAUGUGCUAUUAUUUCUGGUUUUAAUGAAGAAUAAUACCCUAAUAAUUUUUAAGUGUGGGAUUUAUCCUUUCAGUAGGGAUGUUUAGGAUAAGUUAGGGAGGUAAAUAUCAUCAUGAUUUUUGGGGUUAGACAAAAUCUCAAAGCAAAGAAUAAAAUUACCUCACAAUAGCCAGUUGCUUGAACAAACUUUUUAUAUAUGGUGGGGUUGUGUGUCAGAAAUCCUAGACCAACUUAAAAGAUUUUUCUGGAAGUUCAGCAAAGUAAUAUUAAAUAAGGGGCCUUUGGUCUCAUCCUUUCCUGGCUUUCAUUUUUUCUCUCUUACCCAGUCUUUUUGCUAAAGUUUGGUGCUACUCAAGUUGGGUGCAUCAGGGAGCCCCGUAACAUUCGUGAGCCACACAGGUGGUCGGUCACUCCUACAUUCAGUUUAGGAGAGCCAGUUGGGUUUUUUAGACCAUAAUUUUUAUGGGUCCCCAAAGCUGACUUUGCCUGAAGCAUUAAGACCCUUAUUAUCAUCAAAUUUUGCCUCUGUUCAGCAAAAAAUGAACUCAUUAUUGCUUUGGGGUAAUCCCCACACAGGUGUGCUUUCACUUGUGAAAAUGAAAGAUUUGACAAAGACCUUUGUUCUUAGCCUGUUAGAGAAGGGUUCAUAAUAUUGUGAAAACCAGGUCCAGCGGCUGCAAUCAUAAAUAAUGAGAGUGCCAUCUGGCUGCGCCUUAUAGUGCAGACAGAAUGCUGAACAGUAAACACAUGCCUAGAACAUGAUUGAAGCUUUUGGCCAUACUUUACAGAUUGAAAGAAUGGUUUGCUGAGUAGCAGGUAGAGGCUUUCACCGCUAUCCAAAAGUAGAGCGUUCCCAUGAAACCUCUUUAAGCCAAAACAGGUGAACAGCAGAGAGGCAGUUACCUUAGGACAUGUCUUGCUAAUGGAUGCACAAAAUAAAUUGAGAUAAUGCACAGAAACUCGCACAGUUGUGGCUUGAAGCUGAGAUACUGAGCGUAGUUCUAGGGGAGGAGCUUGGCAGUGCCACUCUCGCUCAGGGUGCCACUGCCUCUAUAACAGCUGUCUGCAAAACAAGCGCUGCAUGCUAAUUUUGCUUUUCACCUUUUUUCGUAAGAGUGAAGAUCCUUUUGGAUUUUUUUUGGUUAGCAAAAACAGGUGCUAAUGUAGGUCUUUCAUAAAAGCAGAGUAGCAUAAAGUGAACUUUCAGAAAGCGGAGGAUACCUGUAUUAACUGCUACUCAGUUUUGUUGGUUUUUUUCCCCUGAAUUUGUAGCCUUGCUGCUUCCAAACUGUUCUUUUUCUGGAUGGCAAAGUUACUACUGGAAAAAUACUUAUUUAUAAGUAAAAACGUUUUUAAGAGUUUUAUUUUUGCUUUAAUAAUUAACAUGUAUAUUUCACCUCUUGGCUUUGGAGGACCUCAGUUCUUGCUAGAAAAUUCCUUUUUUUAUCUGACAUUUGAAUUAAUCUCCAGCUUGAACACUAGUAGUUGUAUUGUCCACAGAUCUCAGGAAUGUUUUAGGCAGAAAACUGGUUUUACCCUGUUGGUGAUCUGAAGGAGUGUGCUUUGGCAUUUUUUAAAAUAAUGCUAUUCUUUAAUUACAGUCCUAGGCAUCUAUAGCAUGAGUGGCCUUAGUGAGUUUUUUGAAGUGCACAUUUUUUUUUCAAAAGUAAAAUUUAAGAUUAAAAAUAUAUGCUAUAUAUAGGUAUCUAGAAAACUUGGUUUGUGGUGCACAAGUGUUGGAUCACUAAAUAACUUUGCAGGUACCAUUUGUGUAACAUUACUCAUUUCUGUAGAUUUCUUUUAUGGGAAGAUAUGUUGCCAUGGUAACUAAAACUUUUCAAUUUAGUUCCACUUUUAUGAUGUGAAUGAAUGCUAUGUUUUAUUAAAUAUUACCAGGUCAGUACUAUUUUUAUACUUUACUAAGCAACAGGGGAUUUUAGUUUAAUAGACUCAAAAAUCUCUUAAUGAAACAAAAGCAAAUCACUGUCAAUUCUUUACAUGAAAAUCCCCACUAAUAGUGCCACAGUAAUUUCUAUAGAAAUACCUAAGGUCAUUGAUAGAUUUUUUAAAGGCAGUUAAUUCUUCAUUGUGUCAGAAUGACCUUUCAUGUCAUCCUCAUCACAAACUUGUAGUGCCCACCAUUAUUUGUAACCAUUAAACCAUACUAAGUAUGUUUGUAAUCAGCAUUGUGAUAUAUUCUGUACUUGUAUUGCUAAAAAUGAAUUAUUGACUUAAUAAAUAUAGUGUUCCUGCA